AAUAUUUAGGAUUUCUAGUUGGUGGUUUGGUGGACGUUGAUGGAUGACGAAGGCAAGAUGGAGAAUUACGUGAAAAGAGCGGAACCGACAGAGGAAGUGGAGACGGAGUCAGGACAAAAGCGUAAAAGGGAGCGAUCAGUGGUUUGGGACCACUUCAAAAAGAGCAACGACAAAGCGUACGGCAUUUGCAAUUACUGUGGAAAACAUCUUAAGACAGCUGGCAAUACAUCAAACUUGCUGGACCAUCUUAAGCGUUUGCAUCCGAGUCGCAUGACCGCUGAUAAGGAACCAAUGCCUAAAACGAUGGCAAUUUUUUUGAACAAGGAGCCGUUCUAUGGCAGUGACUCAAAUGUAAAAAAAAGGCUGGAUAAAAAAGUGAUGAAUAUGCUUUCUAAAAGCGUGCUUCCGUUUAGUUUCGUUGAUGACGAAGGAUUUGUCGAGCUCAUGCAAGAAGCGGUCCCGCGCUACAAGGUGCCGAGCAGAAUGUAUUUUCGCGAUGUGAUGCUUCCAACGGAAUAUGAACAGCUAAGCCUUAAGUUGCGUGCAGCUUUGGAGACCGUUAAGCAUGUUGGGCUGACAACGGAUCUUUGGACAUCUGCAGCUAACGAAGGCUACAUCACAAUCACUUGUCAUUAUAUAACAGAAAACUUUAAAUUAACGUCUGCACUGCUAUCGACAGCACCAUUGAUUACCCCCACAAAUCAUAACGCCCAAAACAUCGCAGACUCAAUAAGCUCAAUGUUGGCUAAGUGGGGUCUUCUGUCGAAGGUUGUCACCGUUACAACGGACAAUGAUACUACCAUGAAAAAAGCGUGCGAUAUAUUAGCUUUCAAGCAUUUACCCUGUUUGGCACACACAAUAAAUCUGCUUGCUCAGGACAUUUUAAAACUGGCAGCAGUAAAUGGUAUUAUCUCAAAAUGCAAACGUAUAGUCACUUACUUCAAGCAAAGCACAAUAGCCACAGCUAAAUUAAAGGAAGUCCAGAAUACAAAUCAGCCGCUUGUCUUAGGUGGAACAGUGCACACGCAAUGAUCAAAAGAAUUUUACAAAUAAACGAAUAUGUUACAUUGACAUUGUUAAAAUUGCGAAAUGGCCCUUCACCGAUCACAACUGAAGAACUCGAGGUCUUGGAUGACCUGUCGGACUUGCUGUCACCUUUUCAGGAAGCGACUCUUUCGGUAUCGACUAACACAAAAGUUUCUGUGUCCCUUAUGAUUCCCGUCAUUGCCGAGAUUCAUUACAAAAUGAAUCAAUUAAAUGCAAAGUUACGAACACAGGAAGGAAAAGAUAUAUAUGACCUUGUUAAGAAACGCUUAGUAGAAAGACUGGAUACUUUUGAAACGCGCACAAUUCCUCGCAUCGCUACUCUCGUUGAUCCUCGCUUCAAAAAAGAUGGCUUUCUCAGACCUUCAAAUGCAGAUCAAGCAGCCAAAGCAUUGGAGCUGGAAUUGCUGUCGUUUAAGUCUACAACUCCACGACGUCCACCAACACCACCAGAGCCAACGUCAAACGAGCCAAAUUUCAGAUUUUCAAUU